AUGCCCCCCGCCCUCUCGUCCCCCACCCCAAGCAGAUCGUGGUGGUCCCGCUCCAAGUCCUCCAAGGAACCCCUCCGCCCCCACCGCUCCUUCUCCAGUCUCGCAAUUGACGAUGACGAGAAGUACCCCUCCACUGCCUCCAGCUCCUCCUCCAAGGCAAAGGACGUCAUUCCAAGCCUCAAGCCGAAAAGACUCCCGACCCUCACCAUCCAAGACCCGCCGUCCCCUCUCCCCUCUCCCAAUUCCUACUCCACCUCCCGCCCAGGCACGUCCCAGAGUAGCACCAAGUCCCUCGUUCCUGGUGAUCAGUACGACUACGACGCUGUCUCCGAGCCACGUACACCGUCCGACCUCCCGCGCGACCGCCUCUCUUAUCAACCGUCUGUAAUGACAGCCUUCUCCGAGAUAGACCCCUUCGCGUCCGCCGGGAUUGUUGUACACCAUCUGCCUCAGGACCCCAACCGGCUUUCCGUCUACUCGGACUCUUCUCGCCCAGAUGCGAUACCUCAGAACCGACGGUCGUACGGUUCGUCCUCGUCCAACUCUCAUGGAAACUCCUCGGACUCGUUCCGCCACGCGUUCUAUGGCUCGCGCUUCCCACCGAUCCAAGAAGGUGUCAGGGUCCAAUGCGUCCAGCAGCACCGUUGUCCGCAUGACCCGCGGACCCGCUCCUCGACCCAUCUCGCACGCAAGCGAGCAGACAUGGACUAUCGCGCUGUCCCUCCAUCCCCUUCGGUCCCGAUGCUGAGUCCCAUGCAACCGAUGUCUGUCCGCCGUAAGGCUUCUGGUUCUGUCUCUCCCGUGUCUUCGCAUGCUCCCACUCCUCCCUCCAUCACUCGCUCUCGGAGCGCGUCCAAUGCGACGAAUCCAGACUCGCCGGUGUCGGCAGGAGCGCGACCCUCGGUCCUGAUGCGGAAAGCGUCAUCGUCCCGUGUACAUCUCCCUCCAAUCCCUUCACCCCCGACGAGUGACCUACCACCACCUCCGCGAUUUCCCGCCUCCAACUUGCCGUACGAUAUUUCAUCAAGCUUGAACUUCGCACCUAGUCUGAUGCACGACAGUUACGACCUCGGGCCGGAGAAGCCGAAGGCAAAGCGUCGGACCAAUCGUGACCUCCCUCCCCAAUCUGCGACCGAAUCCAAUUCGCCGUCGCCGCUGAGCAGCCCAGCAAUGGACCACAUUCCGCACAAGGCCCCCAAGCUGUUGAAGAAGAUGUCGGCGCAGAAUCUGCCACAGCGCAUAUCAACGCCGUCGGAAGAGUUUCAUGCAGGCAAGACACCGCGCAAGCAGCGAUCCUUCCAUACCUCCCGCGUGCCUUUACCGCCGCUCCCAGGCCUCCGGGUUCUUCUGGCAACCCUCCCCCAACACCCCGCAUCACCCAUCCUGGAGCCUCGACGAGGAAGCGUCGCCAGCCCCCGGAAACGACUUUUCUCUGGCUCCAGCGCACGGAGAAGCACCUCUUCGCACGGACCGACGAGCCCGUCUGUAGAAGACGACAAGCGGUCGAUCUUCAGCUUCGAGAGCGACGUACGCCCGGUCACGUCAAGCGGGGUGGAACCCAUCACGAUGUCGUUCGGCACUGCGGGGGCACCGCUGGCGCUGAUGACGAAGAACGCGUGUAUCUCACCCUCAUCGUUCUGGGACGAACAGCAAGCCGGAGGGGCAUCAACGAAUACCGCGAGCGCGUCGCAGUCGGACUACACGCCCCAGUACAUCAUGGCUCCGGCGGACCAGCUCAAACUCGCGGAGAAGCUGGAGGAUGCGCAGAGCGCAGAGGAAGAGGCGGAGCGGGAGGCAAUGGCAAGGCUGGUCUUGCAACCAGGAGACUUCGGGAUGACAUUUGCGCCGACGGCGACCACAUCUCGUUCGCGCUCGAACUCGGUCCUCUCGAGCACCUCGCUCGCACAAGGGCACGAGAACGGCUCAAGGUCCCGCGUCACUUCCCUCACUUCCCUCAGCUCCCAUCUCUCGGCGGCGCCGUCCAGGAUGUCUCAGCUCGAAUCACUUCGCAUGGGUCCUCUGCGGAGUUCGUCGAUGCUCGCGAAGGGAUCCUCCAGGGUCCCAUCAUUAACCACCCGGCCAUCGACUGCCCAGGCUAGUCUGAGCCUGUCGCCCCCUCACUCCCCUCGCUAUUCUCAGUCCUCGCCUUCGCCAGUCAUUCCAAGCGCCAGCCUGCCGCCGCCACCCCGGCGUCGGCCAUCGCGGAGUGACCUUAACGAGAUCACAUCGAGCGGCGUGGCCGACAAGAGGGCGAGCGUUGUGCCGAUGAACCCGCUUUCACCCCCUCCGAUGCGGGCUAACAGAGCCCGUCACGACUCGACGGGUGCAAGGUCAAUCGCGUCCUCGAGACCGCCGAGCUCGUUCAACCAGUUGCAGCAGAAGAGUAUGAAGCGGCGGUCGCUGAUGAGGAAGCCCUCUUUCCUCGACAUCGACGACGAGCCCGACGACGCGGUCGAUGGGGACGGUUCUGAUUCGGACGGGCCUGAGCCGGACUCGCCAGCGAUGGAGAGCAGCUUCCUGGACAUGGACCGGGGCAAGGGCUCGUUCGACACAAUCCGGAGCGUCGACAGCUCGUACUACUGA